AUGUAUCCCAACGUAAUAUUUCUACGUGCUCCGAAUAAUUCCAAUACUUUAUCUGUAAAUAUGACUGCAUCUGUUGCUAAUCAUCGUUCUGUGAAACUCGCGAUUCUCUUGCCUUGUCAAGUAUUGUCACUUUUAUUCUCCUUAUUCAUAUUCAUGAAUGUCGUAUAUGGCUCAUAUAAACUAUUUCGACCAGUCCGAAACCAUUUUAUUGCAGUUUUAUUGAUAACAAGUUUCAUUCAAGUAUCAACAGAGUUAUCCAUGGUUGAAAGCUAUUUACAUACAGGUGUUGUGCGUCCAUCUACACCAAGUUAUUGUUCAUUCUUCAAUUGGUUUGAAUUCUCAUUAAAUGGUAUCAGUUUACAUGUUAUGUUUUGGACAUCGAUUGAACGGCAUAUUCUCAUAUUUUCUCAUGUGAGCCUUCGCACUCCGUGGAAAUGUCUUCUAUUUCAUUAUAUACCGUUACUUGUGAGUGUUGCGUACGCACCAAGUAUUUAUGGCUACUUUAUUUUUAUCUAUGAAUGCGUCAAUCACUGGGAUUACAAUGAAUUGCUUUGUACAGCACCGUGUUUCUAUCAAAAUAAACUUCUUGGCAUUAUCACAUGGUUAGCUAAUAUAAUUAUCCCUGCGUUUUCAAUUGCAAUAGCGAAUAUGAUCUUAAUCAUUCGUGUGACAUGUCGGUCUGCGGAUCUACAAGUAAAUAUUCGACGAAUGAAAAAGAAUCGUAAGAUGACGAUUCAAUUACUCGGUAUUUCUUCACUUUUUCUGAUCUUUUGGUUGCCAAUAUCAGUAACGGGUUUGAUUCAACAAUUUAUCUCUCCAACUUUCUUGAUCGAUGUACAAUUCAAUGUUUUCUUUUAUUUAAUCUAUUUUAUUCAACUUUUUCUUCCAUUUGUCUGUUUCGUAUCUUUACCCGAACUGAAAAGUCGAAUUAAGCAAUCCAUUCGACGUCUCCAAGGACGAAACGCCAUCGGUGAUAUGAUAACUCUACAGAUGGCUCCCACAAUACAAUACUAA